AUGUUCCACCAGCUGACGGAUCAAACUGUGAAUGACAGCUGCCUGGGACCCAUGUCAGCCUGCAAUAAGAGCGCGGAGGAAGACGCGCUACAGCUUCCCACUUUCUCCACCGCAGCCAAAGUCAGAGUCAUCAUUACCUUCACUCUGUGCGCAGUGUCAGCUGUGUGCAAUUUGAUUGUGCUGUGGGCAGCCUUCAACGGAGGCAAGCGCAAGUCGCACGUCAAGAUCCUCAUAAUGAACCUGACCGUGGCGGACCUGCUGGUGACUUUCAUCGUGAUGCCUGUGGAUGCGGUGUGGAAUAUUACGGUGCAGUGGCAGGCGGGAGAUAUCGCCUGCAGGCUGCUGAUGUUCAUGAAACUGGUGGCGAUGUACUCCUGCGCUUUUGUAACUGUGGUCAUUAGCUUGGAUAGACAUUCAGCCAUUCUCAAUCCUCUGGGCAUCAGUGAGGCCAAAAGGAAAAGCAAAAUCAUGUUGACUGUGGCCUGGACGAUGAGUGUAAUCCUCUCGCUCCCUCAGAUGUUCAUAUUUCAUAAUGUGACCAUCACAGUCCCGGAGAACUUUACGCAGUGCACCACCCACGGCAGCUUUGUCCAGCACUGGCAGGAGACGAUGUACAACAUGUUCACCUUUGUGUGCCUCUUCCUCCUUCCUUUGGUCAUCAUGAUCUUCUGUUACACACGAAUCUUCAUUGAGAUAUCCAGCCGCAUGGCGCGAAAUAACUUGCUGUCAAGAGAUAUCCAUCUCCGUCGCUCCCACAACAACAUCCCUAAGGCUCGGAUGAGGACUCUUAAGAUGAGCAUCGUCAUUGUAACAUCAUUCAUCGUCUGCUGGACCCCGUACUAUCUGUUAGGCCUGUGGUAUUGGUUAUUUCCUGAUAAAAUGGAGGAAAUGGUCUCUCAUUCACUGACUCAUAUGCUGUUUAUCUUUGGCCUUUUCAACGCCUGCCUGGACCCCAUCACUUAUGGUCUGUUUACCAUUCAUCUUCACCAGGGUCUUAAGAGAUGUUGUCCAACUUCAACCAGACGGACCAAAUUGGAAAACAAUACUUGUCUUGUACACAUGACUCGCCUGUCGUCUCACAGGCAGAUUGCAUCAAGUAGCCACAAUACAGACAUAGAGGAGGUAAACGACAACAACAGCGUGAAAAGUUGCUCAAGGCCAAUCCUCUUAGUAAGCAAGAUCUAA